AUGGCUCCAUUUAAGAAAGGAAGCAAGGUCCGGGUUUUGGUUCGUUUGCGACCGGAACGUUCUGAAUUCAAGGCAAAUGAAAAGGACAGUCACAGUGAAAUGCCUGAUCGAUGUGUUCGAGCUGUCGAUUCCUCGACACUCGAGCUGUGGAACUGUAGAAAUUCUGAAGAAUCGAUUCGCUACAGGUGGGAAAGAAAGACUUUCUGGCUUUAUUUUGCUACCUCGGAUGAGCUUAUGGCCUGGGAUAGCCUGAACUGUAAUUCUUCAUUUCAGUACAAGUUUGUUUUCAUUACAAGUCGUUCUGCAAAGAAUUGAAAGGUGUAAAUAGUUAAUGCUUAGUGGCGUAGUUUCCUUAUAGUACGGGAAAUUUUCAGGCCAUGAUAUGUUUUUCUUGUUCACGCUCUUAUCAACAUUUUUGUGCAUUUUGUGUAUCAAAACAGCGUGCAAAGAAAUUCGUGUCCGAUAGCCUGGGACUAGUGGAUUUUGCUGUAUCGGGCUAGUGAUUUUUGUUCUUAACUUGCCCGACGGGCAAGUGCUGUUUUUUGGGGAAAUUCAAGUUACAGAAGGAUUGUAAUCAAUCCUGCUAUUAAAUCAAAAAAGGUUUGGGGCUAGUUGAAAUGACUUGUGGGCUAGUACAUACUAGCUACAGUUUGCCCGAAUGGCAGGCUGUAAAACUGACUUUCUUUGCACCCUGAAAAACGACAGGUUUUUCCCGCCUCCACCGCCCCCCCCUCCCCUUAUCAGUAGGAUUGGCCAUAGGACGUUCCAUUUUUUAUCCGCACCCCUCUAAGGAUGACGGAUUUUCGAAUAGGGGGGUUCGGAAUUUUUCUUCAAAGAAGCCGACAAUUAAUUUGGUCUCUUCAAUGGUAGAUUUCAAGGAAAUGAAAGCAAAGUUUUGAAGGUAUGAAGCUGUACUGAAAUGCUCCUCCAACACACAUAGCCGACAGAAGCAAACUGACAAAUGUUCUUUUACAUGUAUAUCAAUUUUCGCUCUUAUUUUGAAGCUAAUCAUCCAAACUGCAUUGAUGUCUCUGUAAAAUAAAAUAUCUUCAUGGCCAAUUAGCAACAGAAAACUGUUCGAAUGGGAAAAAAGCGUGGAUAACAAACGGUCUAGAAAGAGUUCGAAUGGUUUGACUAACUGUUUGUCGAGCAGAUUUUGAACAGAUUUGCAAACCAUUCAAAAGAUCAAGAUCAUCUGUUUCAACGGGUGAAUAAAAUUGCCGAAUGGAUGAAUAAGAUUUCAAACGUAUGGGAAAACCGCCCAAAGGGAUUGAUAAAAUAUUUUUGAAUGGAUUUGUUAAAGACACUGAUAAACUGGCUGCAAAAUAAUCGUUCUGAAGAGAACGUUUAUCCAUUCUUUUAGUUGAAGUUAUUAUGAAAAUUCCCAUGAUCGAAAAAUAAAAUAGUACUUUGAUUUCUGUCUCAUCAGUAGGCGACAUGAUAGCUUUUAGUUGAGUUCACUAUGAUGAAUUUUAUUAUUCAGCAAAAAUCAGUUCGAACAGAUUGUUAAAGACGUAAGUAAUCAUUCCAAAUGGACCGGAACUGGCGACGUUGAGUCGUUAUUUCAGUCGAUGUUUGAUAAUAAUAUUUUCAGGUUGUUUGUAGCCUGUUCCAGGUAUUCAGAUGGUGGGGAGCGGGGAAAAAAUUAGUUGGGUACGGGCAAAAAAUUGAUGAGGGGACUCCCCUCAAUUUUUCCCCUCGUAUUUCUUUUGGCGCUCGCCGCGUACGAUUUAACUUGCUUCCCACUAUCUGAAUGCCUGGAACAGGCUAGGUUGUUUGAGAAGUGCAUCUUCUACUCUUGUGAUGAGAAACGAUUUUGAUCGAUGUGUCUCAUUGCUUUGCGACAUGACUGCUUUUAUUCUAGUUCACUCAUGGUGAAAAUAAUUAAGGUAUCUGCUUUGGCAAAAUACAUGUUCAACUUUUCAAUUCUGCUUUCGUCUUUUGAUUUAAGCAAUACGUUUGAAACAAUUUUUUUUGUUAAAAUCUCAGAUUUUUUCAAUACAUGUAGUAAAGGAAGCUCAGAUGUUUGUAAAGCCUUGUAAUCUGAUUCUGCUAUGAAAAAAACAUUACUUGUGUGCGUUCAUUCAUGGGAAAGCAAAUAAUGCUAAAAUCGUUUUAUUCAAUACAACAACUAUAAAUUACAAAGAAAAAUUGGUUACUAUUAUUCAUUUGCCAUGUCUGCAUUUUUUUCCAGGUUCAAUGGUUUUUUUGGUGAAGAAAGCACCCAAGAGACACUAUACCACAACUCAGUCUGUCCUCUCAUUCCAUAUGUGCUACAAGGUCAAAAUGCUAGUGUGUUUGCAUAUGGCCCUACAGGAGCAGGUUGGAGCAACAUGUAUUAUUGCAAUGUGUAUUUCCAUAGCUAAUCAUAGUAGAAUCAUGUAACCAGGGUUGUCACUAAGAUUUCAAGUUGCCGGGUAAAUACGACAAGUGGGAGGGGAAUCAAACGGCUAGGGAUUUCUUUUGGUUCUGUUUUUGUUCUAUUUUCCAAUAGAAGUAGCCGGGGGCCACUCUCUUAGUAGCCGGGGAAAAUCCCCGGCCCCCGGCUCUUAAUGACAACCCUGUGUAAGUGUAUUUCUUCUUGUGCCUAGCCUAUGCCAGUGGUCCUCAGUCAGUGCAGACAAGUGAAAAAAGUGAGCGAGCAGUGAAAUAGUAUAUAAGGGAAAAGUGGUGGAGAGACACAAGGGGAGAGCCUGUUAGAAUUUUUUCAAUACCUCAGUCCACCCACUACCGCCUCCCCCCAUUUCCUGAAAACCGUUUAUUGUGUCAAAAAUGUCAAAACGUCAAAAGGCGCGAUGAAGGAGGGUUUCACACGUUUAACAUCUCUGUUCUAGACUCUAGACUCUGCACCCCAACCGUCCCCCCCCCGACCCCCCCAUGCAGUUUUUGUGCAACUUUUCUCGUAUCUGCUUUCUCCACUGUCUGGGAUCCUGGAACAGGCUAUCAUUACGACAAACCCUUAGAUCAUUAUACAGGAGCAAGAACAUACACUAUGAUGAUUACAUAAUAUUUCAGCCAGCAAUGGAACGCUUGGUAACCUCUUAUUUCUAUGAUUACCUUUUGUUGAUUGGAUUAUUGCAAUUUAGGUAAAACACACACGAUGGUUGGCACACCAGACAACCCAGGAUUGAUUCCAAAAUGUGCAGCUGAACUUUUUAAAGUGAUAGAUUCACAGCAUGCAGCAACAACAGACUGGAAAUACAAGAUUUUAUUUUCCUACCUUGAGAUAUAUCAAGAAAAGGUGAUAACAUUUUUAUUGGCUAUUAACAGUACUGACAUCAGUGAAAAGAAUAUAUACACAUACUUUCCCCCGUAGGUGACAAAUUACUCCUUUUGCAAUUAUUAUAAUUAUUGGUUUGCAGUUGUUUGUUUUGUCAUUCUUAAAAGAAAAUAUUAUUUUGUGUGUAAACUACCUGACAUAUGUCAAAGAAUCAGAUAUUGUAUCUGGCAUCCAGCCUGAAACAAAACCCCUGAAUGACCACCUAAGGUGGUCAAGCGUAGACGUUUGAUGUACUUUGCCUAAAACCAAAAUGUUAUCAUUUUUUUCACCACCUGGAUUCAAAGCGCUGUAAUUACAUGACUUUUAAGUGCCUGUACAGUAGCUGAAAGUGUCCACUUGCCAUAAAUGGCCAACAAAUUUUUGCCUAGGCUUGAUUUCUGCCGCUCUCUCUGAAAAGAGACAGCUGGAUGCUUAAGUUGCCUAUUGUCUGUGACGUAAAUUCAAACUUUAAUUUAUGCGUUUUUACCAAAUAUCAGAAAUGGGAAAUGUCAUUAAAUACAGAACACAGGUUGUACUUUGCCUCAUUGUCACUUUGAUGUUUACCCAGGAAGAUCAGCAGAAACACAUACCGAUGGACUUGACAGUCGUCUCUUUCACAUAAGCUGUCAACAACCAUAGUUCCAGUUGGUUGAACCUACUAUUUGCCAGCUUCUCUAAGAAAAUACUUUUCUUUGUUUAUAUAAAUUAUAUUUUAGGUUUUAAGCUUAAAACACUUUGAAACAUGACCCACACCACAUCAAACAACACCUUUGCAUCCACUGUUACUUGAAAUCUGCUCUAGGAAAAUAAAAUUAUGCUGCCUGCUCCAUGUGAGCAGGCAAUGAUCUGAUUGGCUGUUAUUGACAAUAGUAAACUCAUGCAUCCAGCCAACGGUUUGGAGGAGGAGCGUGGGCUCAUUUCCUGAACAACCUGGAGAUUAGGAUUGCUGGCUUCUCUUGCUGCCCACAAAAAUAUAUUUCAUAGCCAAUAUUGAAAAAAAAUUAUAAUGCCAGACCUGUUUUAAAAAAGAUCUAUUUAGUAGCACUAAAUGUAGCUGACACCAUUUACAGAUUCAAUAUUAUUGUCAAAAAUGCUCAUGUAGAUUAAUGAUCUGUUGGACCCCAAGAAGACUGACUUACCAAUAAGACAAGAUCGUCGCGAAAAUAUAAUAAUCCCUAACCUUACAGAGGUAAGAGUUUCAAAGAUUUCAACACAGUUUUAGUUUGAGUGUACAUGUACUGUUAAUCUGCUUAAGUACAGUAAAUGUGAUAAAUUUUUAAAAUGAAAUUUAACUGUUUUAUUUCUUUUGCAGAAACUUGUACCCUCACUAAGGGAAUAUAUGGUCUUAUUUGAAAAGGCCAGUCAACAAAGGUUGGUAUGUUUCUUUUUUUUGUAAGUGUUGUACAUUGUAAACACAUCUUGAGACUAGGGAGGUACUGUAGUAGUAAAUGAGGACUCAGAUGUGUUGAAAAAGAUUAUUAUAUUGAUCAGUCUUACUCAUAAUCCCAUAGUGCCUGUCAUUUGUCUGGAUGUCACAGUAUAAAAAAAGAAGAAAGCUAUUACAUAAAAAAAUAAAAACUUUGUAUUUCACUGCAAGAAAUAACUAUAAGAGGAAUUAAAACAUGGAUACUCUGUUGACCUGAUGGCCUCUUGACAUGUACAGUGUAGGCCGUACGCAUACUUCACCUUAAGCUUAAGUUGAGGCAAAUCAUUGCCUUGCACAAUUUUUACAACACGUAGACGUUUUUAACACUCAGCGCUCACAUACUGAGCUCUGGUUGCCUGUGUAUGAACAUGUGAUAAUUGUUGUUUUUAGAAAAACAGCUGCAACCAAGCUGAAUCCACACUCAAGUAGAAGCCACUCUAUAGUCUUAAUGAAGGUAUUCUGUCAAGAAAUCUUAAUUGAGGUUCUCGACAUCAGACUACAGAUUUAUCAACCUCGUGGGUGUGGUCAUUGAAAAACGUAAUUCAGGGUUGUAAUCCGGCUAUUGAUUCUUCGAUUUUUCCCAGGCUGUUGUAAAUAUAAAGCUGUUGGUUUGGAGAACAAGGAAAAAUAGAGUAUAGAGCUACAACAGCUUGUGAAUUUCACAACUUCAUUGGAUUUGAAGGUUUUUUCAUUUUGCACAAAGUUUGGCAUCUUUCAAGUCAUUUACUUUUCUUCGGGGGCGGGGGAACAGUUACACGUGGCCCACACUCAUUCCGUGGACGUCUCGAAUUUUUCUUCCAUCGCAAACGUGUGGAAAGAAUCUAAGGGGUAGUCAGUGGUUGUUGGAGCUUUACUAAAACUGAUGUUAUUUCAGUCAGUCCUUUAUAGGGUGCCUGGUUUUAUUUUUUUUGUUCUUCUUUUUUAAAUCGUUUGUCCGGGAAUAGCACUAAAUUUUGCCUUAAAUUUCAGGUAGAAAAGAGCCAGCAAGUAGCUCCAUUCACUAAGCUUAGCGGGAAGUUUUACUUGAUCGAUUUAGCUGGUUCCGAGGAUAAUAGGAGAACUGGAAACGAGGGAUUAAGGUAUGCAGCAAAGUUACUGGAUCUGAGUACCCUGGUCCCAGAGCUUUUCCUUGGCGUUUUUUCCGCGUGAGAGAGAGCGAGCCGCGAAGCGGCCAGAAAGAGGUGCAAAUCUCUUCCCUCGCCGCUCCGCGGCACGCUCGCUCUCUCUCACGCGGAGAAAAUUUUCAAUAAAAACUUCUGGGACAAGGGUAGGAUCUGAGGAACAGUUCUGAGGAAUUGGUCACAGUGCAUUACCGCACAAAUAGAAUCGGAGAAUCCCUGGUCUUAAUUACUAAUUCACUUAAAAGAAGUACUAAUCCUCGAAGACCAAAGGGUAGUUUCUAGUUCCUCCGGCCAACUGCCCUUGGUUCUUUGGGGAUGACUCACGAUGGCUGUGAAAAACUCUCAGGUAUUCUUUCGCAAAGCAUCCUUGGGUGGAUACGUUGAGCCAUUGGCUCAAUUGCUGGUCAAAUUAACACAGAUAUCUUUGCACGGAGAAAAGGCGCGCAGUGAAUGUCAAGGAAAUGUACCAAAAAAGUGAUGCACGUAUGGAACUGUUGUCUUCCUCAUAAAACCAAUUUUCAGGGCUCGUGCAGCGACUUGAAUUCUUGACAAAGUCUUGAAAUUUGCCCAACAAAUUUCCAGAUCUGAAUAAAGUCUGGAAAGUCUUAAGUCUUUUUUCAAAGCUACAAGAAGUGCUUUAGAAAUGAAUUUUUUUUUUCGUUUUGGUACAAUCUUAUAAUUCAAUCUCGCCUGUUCAGUUUGUUUGCAGCACAUCAUGAAAUAAGCUUUGUUUCUUUAAGGUCUCUAUUGAUCACCUAUUUGAUAAUUUUGAGUGUGGAAAAUAAAUUGUUUUGAAAAAAGUCUUUGUAUCCAAAAAUCUGCACCGAACAUGAAUUGUUUUUUUUUUUUUUUUUUACGUUCUUGUUACCAUCGUCGUUAUGGUUGCACAAGCUUCCAAAAAAUACUUUACUUGGAAGGAAGAUGAUGUGAACUGCGGAAACAAAAGUUCUAUUUUACCCUCUACAGGAACAAUUUAUUCUAACAAUUAUUGUUAGUGUAUAUCUACAGUUGAACCUCUGCUAUCGGUUAAUGGACACCGCUCCUAAUGAAACACUUUCUCUCAUCGCAAGGCUGUCCGCUCACGCGUAAAAGGUUCCCAAUCGAACGCACCCCUUUUGAAUUAUCAGUUUAUGUCGAUACGUUUUCACUGCCGUUGCCGUCGUCCUUGCUUAUGUAAGGUUCCUCAAGGCGCCUUCAGUUUCCACUGUCUACUACAUGUCUGUUAAUUGCUCUAAAAGAUGCCAGUGCUCGUUGUAAAGUGCCAGCAGAUCUUACGUACAGAACUGAUUAUUUCUUUUCCAGGUUAAAAGAAAGUGGAGCGAUCAAUGGUUCUUUGUUUGCUCUUAGUCAAGUUGUAGAUUCUCUUAACCAGGGUCUGGUAAGACUAUACUACACUGUAUCGCCUCUUAACAUUUUCAGCACUGUUAGUAAUGUAAAGUCUAUCGACAAGUUAGCUUAAAUUCUGCUUGUUUGAAAGAAAGAAUACUAUUUACUUGUGGCAAAUAUGUAGUAAGCUUAAGUCUGUCCCGUUGCGGGGGUAUGACGAAGAAACGGAUGACAUCUCAAACUAGUAUCAUGGUCUACAUGUGUAUGAUCAUGGUCUACAUGUGUAUAUUAAAAUGGUGAUUGGUCCUGUUCAGAAUUGCGUUUAGAGGAACAGCAGUUCUGCUCGACUGGUUUUGAACUUAUCUUGUCGCUAUAAAAGCUGGUGCACUACACCAUAAAGAUCGGCUGCAUAGGAGACUUCACGUAAAAGCUAUUUUAACUUAACCGUCCGACUAGUCAUCUGAUUUGAUUCGAUCUGUUUCUGAUUUCUUUUUAUAAGUCAAGAAUACCGUAUAGGAACAGCAAACUGACUCGCCUUCUUCAGGUACGUAGAAAACUGUAUAAGCAGUUUAACUUCUUAUAUCGUUAUGGCAAUGCCGCAAACGUACAUGUAUAUCCUUACGUUAUAAUUGUAGCCUGUCCGGGCGUAUAUGAAAGGUGGCUUUUAUAAAAGCGCAUCAGCAACAACAACAACAAACAGCAACAAAUUUAUUUAUUGUACCCAAAGCAGAAUAUUAUAGUUAUUUACAAGUUGUUAAAUUAAUCAAUUAACAAAAAAGGGUUACUGACUUCCUGAAAUAACUAAUAGGUUUAAAAUGCCAAGACGCCAGAUUCAGUAAGAUAAUUUAAAUAAGUUUAUUGUGCGGGGUACAAUAUGGCAAAAUAUCAGACUGUAUACACACAAACACACAGAUAUACACAUAUACACUAGAACGUAUUACUGUUAGAAGAGCGAAAGAGUAGGAUGGAAGUUACAAAGAACAAGAUAAUUGCCAAAAUUAGUACUUUCAAAGGAGCAAGCUUUUCGUCGAAAGUCGCUCGUAGUUCUUCCACACUUAUAUGAUUUGCAGACAUAUUAACACAGAAAUGACAAUUAGACAGACUUAAACGACCAAACAAUAAGUAAAAUAUUGAAAAUUAGGACAUAUUAACGCAGAAAUGACAAUUAGACAGACUUACACGACCAACAAAAUAAGUAAAAUAUUGAAAAUUAGGACAUAUUAACGCAGAAAUGACAAUUAGACAGACUUACACGACCAACAAAAUAAGUAAAAUAUUGAAAAUUAGGACAUAUUAACGCAGAAAUGACAAUUAGACAGACUUAAACGACCAAACAGUUAGUAAAACAUUGAAAAUUAGGUUAGAAUGUAGCACGAAGAAAAAUCGCGGCCAUCUUGUUUCACCACCGGUGAGCAUCACUUUUAGCCUGCCUCGUAGACGUAAUCUAACGGCGGCAAGAGGUCUGCGAAGCAGUGCCGCAAUCCUUGUUCUUGGACCUCAGCGGACUCAACGAAUUAACGGAAGUAUGUUUAUGAUUUCCCUUCAGACUGAUCGGCAAAUCAACAAUGGCUUUUUUAACAGGCCAGCCAUCGCGCGAAGUCAAAUCGCAGUGAAUGGCUGCGGCGCUGGCUCGCAGACAGACUUACACCAGACGUUUAGUUUCGUCUGUGGCACAGGCUAAACACAUUCAGUGUCAACGAAUUUACUAGAAUGAGUUCGAAGCGAAAUGAUGACAUCGCUUUCACGGAGUUCCAUCGUUAGAAACAACUCGUAAACGUUCAUUCCUCUUCAAGUAUUUGCUGUAAUGUCACGUUUCUGGCAGGACGUAACAAUGUCUCUUUAUCUGAGCUGAGAUCAUGAUACACUUGUAUCACUGAAGCUUAUUAGUUAUAGGAAUCGACAGAGUGCGUGUGUGUCAAUAGUAAAUUUCAUGAUUAUGGUGCACCUUUUUUCUAGGAUUCCUUGGGUGGAUCAGCGCAUGCGUGUGUAAUUGCAAACAUUGCACCCGAAAGAAGGUUUUACUCGGAUACAGUCAACACUUUGAACUUUGCUACUAAGUCCAGAACAAUUGUCAAUGAGCCUUUUGUGAGGCGAACAGUCGGUAAGUGGUAUUUAUAUAUCUUUUUUCCUAUAGCGUGGUACAGAUACUUGUGCUCUGUUUCUUCAAAGAUAAACCUGUUGUGAGCGCUCUCUUAGGGUCGGAUACAAGAUUCAGGGUUCGUACAGUCUUGAAUUCAUGAAAAAGUCUUGAAAUUUGCCCAGAAAUUUUCCAGAAAUGGAAAUAGUCUGGAAAAUAGUGAAAAGUCUUGACAUGCAUUUUUCUUUCCAAGCUACUACAAGUGCUUUAUAAGUGAACCAUUUUUUUUCGUUUUGGUCAAAUCUUAUUCAAUCUUACACGCACGUUUACAGCACAGCGUGAAAAAGCUUUUUCCUGUGUGUUUUUAAGUCACUUGACUAUAUUCCCGCCAGUUUUUUUCAGGUUUGAGGUUCGAAUUUCCUUAUUCAUUUUUUUACACGCAUUUUCGUUUGAAUAUUGUAACCGGUCAACCCGAAGAAAAACCCUUUGUCAUUUCCGGACAUGUAAAAAAAUGUUUAUUUAUGAGGGUGACAUAUUACAGUUAAGAACACUAUAAAGCGGGUCCCGUAAAAUAUAUAAAACUAAUUUACAAAUUUUAAAAAGGCUAAAAUCUAAAAAAAGUCUUGAUUUCCUCGAGUUCCCAUUUUUUGGCAUUUGACUUACUAUUGGAUGGUCCAUAUAUUUUUGUUGAAUUCUAUAUUUUCGGUAGCCUGCGUGGAAAGGUGAGGGAGAAUUCGAGCGCGCGAGGAGGAGGAGGAAAAAGGAACGCUCUUUGCUAGCAUUCCUCCCCCUCCUCGACCUCCAUUCCCCCUCGUCUUCCCAUUUUAACGUCUCCCACACAGGCUACAUUUUCGAUAGUCCACUUUUUUCUUUUAAAAUCCCAGCCAGCGCAUCAAUUGCAAGCAACAAUAAGGAUUUAGGACUCGGGUUCACGCCCUCAUUUAUCGCGGCUCUCGUACAUGGAUUACCAGUGCAGUAACUUUACAGAGAAAAAAAAAACAGAGACAUCUUGCAGUCUACAUUUUCGACUGCUUUUAAAAAGCAACUUUGUGCAUGGUGAGUAAAGAAUAAGUAAAACAACGACUUUCUUUUUCUUUUCCUGAACUUCGAUAUACGGUCUUUUAGAAUUCAUCCCCAGAAGCCAACAUUUGAGCGAAUGGAACGAGAUGGAAUAAGCGCGAUAAAGUUUGAAGCAGCGCGGCUUCACUUUUCAAGUGAAGUUUUCGAAGCCAUCGCCAUCGUUGUUUCUUCAGGUCCAUAUUUUUGCUGACAAAUGAUGCACACCAAAUCUGUCGUUUUAUUCUGUUUAUUUUCCCCUAAUUAUAGUUAUUUUUUGUUGUUGUUGUUCUAACAUGUUAGCCGGUAAUUCUAUAUAUAUUGAGUUCGCCACAUGUUUAGUGUUACUUUACAUCUUCAGUAAGUUCUAUGACCAUCGCGGUGAAAUGUUCAAUUCGUUUUCCUUCGAUUUCCUGGACACACUUCUUUUCGUCAACGACCUUGAUAUUCCAUCCGUUUUCACUUGCAAUUUCGGUAAACAUUUCCUCUGAGCCAUAAAAGUAAGAGAAGGUGACAAUAAGUCGACCAGAUUCCUUAAGGUAUUCCUUUGCUUUGGAAAGAUAGCUUUGAAGGUCCUGGUAACCAGGAUCCAGAAGGCUCCUCAUUAAUGGCUCGACCUUUGUCCCUGGUGCCGUGCCAUAGCCGCCCCACGGAUGAUUCCAGUAUAUCAUGUCAAACUUCCUUCCAGUGAUUUCUUCAUGAUCGAAGACGUUCGCCUUAACAGCGUGGAAACGGCUUUCUACGCCAUGAAGUUUUGCAUUUGCUUUAGCGUUUUUCACCGCCUCAUCGAUGAUGUCAGUUGCCCACACGUGGCAUUUCUCAGAUGACAAAGCCACUGAUAUACCAAUAAAGCCCGCGCCACAGCCUACCUCAAGGAAUUCAAUGGAUUCUUGUCGGGUUUUCUUCGCUAUUUCUUCGGUUGCCAUCCUGUAUAUUGUCGAAUUGACGAAGUGGGCAUGACCGUCUUCGGGUGGGUAAAACACUUCGGGAUAUACCAUAAAUUCCCUUUGAAGAGUGAUGAACUUGUGGUUGUUAUCUUUGGCUUGUUUUCUCAUUUCAUAUUCUAUAUCUUGGGAUUCUUCAAGUUCUUUAGUAGAUUCCAUGAUCUUCUUCCUUAUGAUAGUCUUGAAAUUAAAGAAAAAAGGGAGAGCAAAGUUUUGUUGUCUCCAUAUAUAUUUUUUCCGGAGGCCUUGCAAUCAAGUGCACAAUCUUUGCAUUUUUAUCUUGAUUUUGCUAAUAACGCAUCUUCCCAUGGUGUGGUAUUUGCCAUGCAUGGCCUGCCGGGGUAAGCCAUUUGUCUCUGUAAAAUUUCACAUUUUGUACUACUUUUUAAAAAAGGCGGAAUACAACACCAAGAGGAUGAUGCCGUAUACUGCUGCUUAUAAGUCCCCCAACUAACAAGCCCCCCAUUUAUAGGCCCACAUCCACCUGUAAAAACGAAAUAAAAACAAUACAUCCGAAUAUGACCCCUCAGGAUAUAAGCUAUCAUUGUGAUAAAUUCGAUUUUUUAUGACGUUUUGAAGCCUUGAUUAAAGCCCGUGUAUUUUGAUUAGCAUAGCUGUAAAUAGCCUUUUUCGAAGCGAUUUUCCAUUCCGCUCGGAUGCAAGCCUUCCUGAAAGCCCUUACGAAGAUCUUUAAGGCCAGGCCUUAUAAGCAAGAGGGUUUAGAAAAUUCGUAUUCUGUUACUGAAAAAUAACACCGUCCUAGUAUAAGUCCAGCCAGUCUAAAGUGUAAGCACGGCACUGUGUAAUGUUUGGGAAAGAAGAGGAACAUGGCUUGGUCUGGCUUUAUUCCCUGGCUUUAGUGGAGAUGCCCACUCAUGGAGACUGUUCGGUAUAACUGCUAAGGUCUAACCUUUUGGUUUUCUGCAGUCAGCUCCAGUUCACUCUAAUUCCUGUAUCUUUAACAAAGUCUUAAUCACAGCGAUGUGCUAUCAACCGACACUCGAGUGAUAUGUCGACCGAUAACGCGGUUGUAGGAUUAAUCCACACACUGAUUGGUUAUCGUUGGCACACCUUAAUUUCUAUUGACCGGAAAACUAUCCGCUCACUGCGAGUUGUUGCUUGCGAAGGUAAUGCCCUCGCUCCUUGGCCUUCUUGAGAACAUCGAGAGCGCGAGCAGCGCGACCUCGCAUUCGUUUAGAAGGCCGAGGAGCGAGAACCUUGCAAUGCAAACGUUUUUACGGCUUCGUCACGCGAAGAACGUCUGCAUGGAAGGCUAAGGAGCAACGUCUUUAUUCGUUUUUUGUUUUGGUUUUUGUUCUGUUUUGCUUGGGUUUGUUUUUUUUUUGUUUUGGUUUGUUUUGUUUUUAAAAUGCAACUUUCCAUUGUUUUUGGAACUAGUAAGUCAUUAUUGUGUCCACUGAAGUAGAACAGUAAGUUGUUAUUCGUAAUAAUAGGGACCUUAAGCAACAGCGUUUUUGAGCGACGGACGUCAACCGGAAGUGGACUUUUUGCAUCAUUAGGCAGUGGUUUGGUUCAAACUCUCGGGUAAAUCGUCUUUAUAAGAGAAAAGAAACUUAGAAAUACAAAUUUUUUUAACUUCAAGGCAUAUUAAAAGGGAGAAGGCCUUACUUCCGGUUGACGUGCGUUGCUCAAAAACGUCUUUGCUUAAGAUUCCUAAUGUCCUCCUGUUCCAUCUUAAUGAUCUCCUCCUUCAUUUAUUGAAUUUGUAUAGAUUAAAUUAUUUGCUCUCUAAAAUUUUUUUAUAAAGAUUAAGUUAUCCAGCUAAUAUAAAAUGAGGAGAGCAUUGUUAAAAUUACAAUGUUCGGACUUGAAGAUAGCUUCGACAUAACCCUUAUACAUCUGGUACUGAAAAUAAAAACUGCUAUUGAGCUAAAUGGGACACAAGUGCAUGAAAAGACCAUUAACAUACAACCAACCCUUCGGCACUGUAAAGGCUUCAAGCGUGCGUCGCUUUUAGAAGCGCCCAGGGGAAGAUCUAAAAUGAGACCACAGGGUUUACAUUUUACUGUAUGAUGCUAAUGUUUUGCUUCAUUUUUUAGACAAGUCCAUGGCGUUUAAAAGACCCGCCUCAGAGUCCAUGGCGCAGAGACAGGUAAUCUCGUUUUAAAAAACGUUUUAUAAAACGGAUGUUUGCACGGAAGAGAUAUUUUACAAAGGAAAACGUUGAAGCUUGUUGGAAAAAACUAUGUAACACAGUGGCUUAACACCUGUAUUCAUCAUCUAUUAAUUUUUCUUGUAGGCUAAGCGUCUAAAAUCAGAUGAUAGUAAAGCAUCACAAGACCUUUCAAAGGUGCGUUCUGUCGAAAAAGUUAUUUUCUUUCCUUAGGAUGCAUAGCCCAGCAGAAUUCCCUGAAGUACCCUCUCUCCAAGGAUUUUCCCGCCUUGCUCGCUAGAAAUUAAGGUAGAGAAAACCCAGUGAAAAGCCAACAAAAUUUUGUUCUCUGGGUUUUGUGGAGAUUAUAUUCAGAUAUUUCACACCGAACAUCAUUCAGUUGUUGAUCGCCUUCAUUUCUUCAAUCCCCGUCCCAAAAUCUAGAUCCCGUGGCGUAAAGUACAUAGAGCAUGCUAUGGCAUGCUAUGGUUGUCUUGCCUUGACUGAAUCCCGCCCGGCUGUGGGAUAAAAGUUGUUACUACCGUGAAAGGCCAUGAGGGUCAACCUUCUAGCCGAGAUGUAUGAAAAGUGGUUCACCCAGGGUAACUCGGGUAGGCGAAGGACCCUUCCACCCGGGACAAGUUUUCCUCAUAUAAACAGGACCUUCAAAUGAAAGAUGCUGAAAUAAAAUUGGUCUGUGAAAAUCGUCAAAAGUCGUGGAAUAAUCAUUAAAUUGGUUGAUUCUGAUCAAUAGUAACCCUGUCAGGACUUGAUUAAUAGCUUUCGAGCAGGUUUUCCAUUUGGAGGAUUAUCGUGAGAUGUCACGCGAAAGAUGACGCGUGAGAGAAGUCGCCCCUCCUCCCUCCCCCCCUCGCAGUUUUGGAUCUGCCUCGCGCGUUCCGGAGAGCUUGUUUGCAGGUUAUAGAAGAUGUUAAUACAAAUGAUGUUUGCAUCUGUAUCAGCUAUUGGCCAAAGCGGAAAAUGCUAUAUUAUUGAACUGCCCGUGCAGUGUAUGCAAAUAAAGGAGGAGUUGAUACUACUCGUAUAAAUCGUGCUAAGAACAAGAUAUUGCAAUAGUCGGCUCUACAUGGAGCACCACUAAAACGGAAAUUUAAAGAAUAGUAUGGUAUUUUCCGCUUUGGCCAAUUGUUGCCACAUUUUCCGUUUAUAGGACAUUCAAAAAAUAUCGGACGAUUUGAUUUCAUAUUUUUAGCAGCUGUUCACUGAAAUUUCAGACAGCAAAUUAACUUUAAUAUUGGUACUGUUGUUCCCAAUUUGUAGCCUCUCCGUGCCGUCAUAACAGCAGUUAGUGUCCCUCAGCAAGUCAAUUUACCAGCGGGAAUUCUGAGGUGAGUCACCUGCGACUUUGUUUCAUUAUUUGCUUUGAGCUACUCUGAAAAUAAAUAACUGAAUCAUAUAUAAAUACUCAGUUGAUUAUAAUGGUACCAUGAUCACAAAACAAAGUGCCGGUCUCUUCUUCUCCCACGAGAUCGAAUUGGAAUUUUAGAAGUGCUAUUUUUUUAAGGAGUGGGGCGCUAGGCAGGGGGAGGGGGGACGGGGGUGGCGUAAUUAACCGAAGGAAAUCUGUCGGGGAGCCGGAAAGAUAGCCUGCGAGAGUAUCCGGUUUUUUCUGCUCAAGUUUCUAGUUUCACCCGUAGAAACUUGAGCCGAAAAAACCGGAUGCUUUCGCAGGCUACCAGAAAGAGAACUAACAAGAAAGUGAACCCACCUGUGACUUGUUCAGUUCUAAAAUCCGGAACACCCCGAAAACAUGGUACUGUAGGUAAAAACGUGAAGAGAAAAACACAUUUGAGUAGCAUUAGUGGAUAUCUCUUCCGGAGCGGCGUAAGGCUUGCGAUCCAUCACCAGCCUGAGCACCACUUCGCCAUUGCGGAAUUGCUGCUGAGGUAUGAUUUGAUUUGCAGCUAUAUGGCAACAUUUAACCGUUUCGAGUUAGUGUUUUACCCUAAUCACUAUUCUCAGAGCUUAACCUUAAUCAUAUAGUCAUAGCUUAAUCCUAACCUCUAUAUUUUCAGAGCUUCACCAGAAUCACUACAACAAGUGCUUAAUCCUAAUCACUGUAGUUUGUGCUGACUUUCAUACAAGAAAUUAGUUUGUGUGGGUAUCAUAAGGUGUCCAGUGAACACCUAUCCGAUAUAUGACGCGGCACUUUGGAGAUCAGCGCGGGCGCAGCUUCGUUCCGUUACAGAAAUCACACUGAAAUCACGCUUCGUAUGUGUGAAUAGAAGCCCUAUCCCGUAUGGUUUUCGAUUCGGCGCAAAAGCAAUCCUAUAUAGGGUGAACACAGCCUAAAUCAAAUGUAGAUCGGAGUUCAAGUCAAUUAAUUUCUGGUUGUUCGCUCUGGGUGAUCAGAGUGUAUUUAGUUCUUGCAGUCGUAAAAUUUUCGAGGCAGGGGCGAUCCCCUUUUAAGGUAAUUAAUGUUUGACAUCAACUCUCUCCUAAACGUAAAGCCAAGUUGGUUUUUUCUCAGCCCUCUUAGGGCAGAGCAGCAGAAGUUACAGGAGCGCUUGGCUGUCUUGGAAAGACUCGCCCUUGAGCAUGCUGAUUCACAAAAAAAAUCCCGGAGUACUAAGGGCGACUUACCUAAAGGUGAGCAUAUUUAAAUGAUAUAAUUGUAAAAUUUUUAUUUAGAAUCUUCUAGCUGCAGAGCGCACUACCGCAAUAAGAAUAACGAGAAAUGUAACAGCGAAAUGCUUUGAGAUUAUAGUGAACAAGGAAAUGUACGAACUUUCCUAGCGUUAUUGUCUUUAGUUCAUAGUGUGGGUGCGGAUUUGCUUCCAAAUAAAUGGCUUUCAACUACACGGGGCUUCUAAUCCUUUGGUGAUUGCAUCGUCGCCCCGUUACAUGGCUAGAGGGUGAGCAUUGCAUGGUUGCGGACAGGUACCAUCACCAAAUGAAGUCACUCAAAAGAUUAAAAAGACCCUGAGCAAUACCAACACCACAAGAAAAAACGAACCAACAAUAGUUUGCGCAACAUCACGAAAAAGCCGGCAAUGUUACUUUCCAGUGUGAACAAAUCUAUUUAAAUUAAUAAUAUUCGUUGAUCUUUAUCAACAGAGACUAGUACCGCACGGCCGACUACACCUUCAAAACAAAAUUCUGGCCAACAAACGGCAGGUCGUUUUCCUUUUAAAGAAGUUAAUAGAUCAGAUGUAUGUGACUCGCCUGAUUGUAUAAUCAUCUCACCACCAGCAAGAAAGCAGGUGGGUUGUUAAGCUAGAAAUUAGGUUGAGCUUGACUGAGGUCCCAAAAACUUUUUGAAUUGUUUUUGCCUGUCUGCACAAAAACGCGAAAGUCAUUGAAAACGGUACCAUCUUUGAUGAGAGCAUGCGCGCUUACUUGUAUCCAACACCUUGACGUAAUCUUUUUGAAAAGACACAUUUUCGGUGACGGUUUUCACCGGCUACGUGUGGACGGUAGGGCAAACGAGAGAAACAGAUCUCCGUUCUCAAACAAAAACGGACGGGGCCUGAGAACUGGAAAAUGCUUGCUAACUCAAUUGGUUAGAAUCGCAGAGGUCAAGGGCUCGUAUCCCGGCAAGCCUGAAUUUUUUUAGGCUCUCUUUUGGCAACUGCAUAAAUUGCUUAUUUAUUUGCGUUGAUCUUCUCUACAUUAUUUUCUUCAUCCCGCGGUUCAAAUGUACGAAAUUCCUAAAUUCAUCAUCUUUUUUAACUCAACUGUUAACCGUUCACUCUCUUUUUCAAUUGAAGGCGAACUCUCACGAAAUUAAAUUUCAAAGAGUCAUAUCCAGGUUCAGAAAUAGAAAGGGAAAUUGGUCGUCAUUUGUUAACCUUCUCCAUAAACGCUGGGUUGUUCACAGUCCCAUAUUUUUCCGUAAAAUGUUCGAAAUCAAGCGCUUACCGUUACGAGAGGCCAUUCCUCCCUCCCCCACCUGGAUAAAGUCCCGACGCCUCACUCACACUUCGGUACAUUUGAAAUCAAAAUGGCCGCCUGUAAUGCUAAGCGCUCGAUCUCGGCGAUCUUAUGGAAAAAUAGGGGUUUAUGCCGGAACAGUCUAAUAAAACGCAAAAACGAGGCGAUUUGAAGUCCCAGUCGUGCAGCGAGUAGAGAUGUUAUUUUCUUAAUUAAACCCUAAUGAACCGAUUAUAAAAACGCUGCAAUUUUUAGUAAUUUUGACACGAAAGCCAAGUUUGACAGAAUCUGAAGUUUUGUUACAUUUUUAAUCAUCGAUAAUUGCUGUUUUACGUUGUGCAACUGAAAAGAAGGCUCUUGGUUCCGCAGUUCUUUCACGGAAAGCAGCUGAUAGAAGGGUCGUUCACAGGCGGUCCUGUAAGAACAGACCUGGUGAUUUAAGUUUGAGACCUGCCUCUAGUAUAAGUAUCCUGUUUCUUACCGUCAGUGAUAACGUUUUUGCACUUUUUUCUGUCUUUCUACAGAAAGCCACUCUAAUAGAAAAUUUUAACGUCAAGAUAAACCUUCAUCUUCAGGAAACACAUCGUAAGAAACAGAUUAACCUAAAUUUUACCGAUCAUACUAUUAGUCAUGACGUUCCGUUCUUGUCCUGCUGGGCUUGUUUAGUGCAAAAUAUGUUGUGCUGCGUGUUAGGGACAUUUCGUGGGAUUACCCCUUCCGGUGCAGUGACCCCCAGGGAUAGUCUGGAUGGGAAAGUGUUUAUAGUAAUUGUUGAGAGAAACAACAAGCCUGUGUAAACUCUAGCCUGCGAACGCGGACGUAUUUCCGGUCUUACUUUUCGGGUGGAGAGAAGCGACGACCGGAAAUUCGUCUGCGUUUGCAGGCUAGCGUAAACUCCUGGGUUAAUAAUUUUCUUGACAAGUAAAAUCGCGACCCUUUAAAUUCCAAGAUGAUUACGACUUAAAAAUUCGAGUAAUUUCCUACAGAUGUCCCCGUAAUUUCAUUCUUUAAUGUAUUACAUGUUACAAAAGAUUGCUGUUUCUUAAGGAGGAACCAAAUUCGGUCUCACCAGCUAGGAGUGAUGGAAUUCCUUAAAUGAAAUCUAAGUCAGCUGUCUGAAUUUUUCUUGACCUGCACGGAUCCAAAAAAACUGCAAAUGGUUACAGUUUUUUUUUUUCUUAAGAUUUGAGUUCCGCCACGUUCUCGGCGGUUAACGAAUCCGUUUUUGCAAUUUUUCGUUUCUUUCGCGGUAGCCUGUACAAUAGGUGUCGAAUAGGUGCUAUAUACUUCUUUCUUUGUCCCCCGACUGUUCCUCUCUCGCACUGGGGUAAAUAACGCCCUCUGUGUAUUAAUGUGGUUACUUUUGUCUAACGAAUCUAAGAAUCUGUAAUCCAGGAUUAUACACCAACGCAAUCUAAUUGUUUUGAUAGGGAAAGAGUUGUUGUCGGUAUUAAACAACGGAACAAUUAAGGAACUUAAGAAGCUCCAAGGUGUUGGCGAAAAACGUGCACGACUGAUUGUAGACUGGAGAACACUUCAUGGGCCUUUUCAACAGGUAAACAAAUACAGUGAAAACCUGCGAGUAAGAACCUGUUAGGCUAAAAUUUACCACUUAAGCCCACUCUAUACAAGAACCUGUUUAGCCUAAAAUUUGAAACGGGUUGUUUUCUGAAAUCUAUUGAAAUAUUCCGUACACUUCGGCCAAUUAUUUUAUGGCAUUACAAUACAUGUAUGUUACGUUCCGAAGGAGGAUUUCAAAAUUCUUGUGGUCCAGUUCUUCCUACAGUUAUUUUUACGUAAAUACAGGGCUUCUGAUAUUUCGCGGAAAAAAAAACAAAAUUUCGCGGGAUUUUCAGGGGCAAAUUCGCGGGAAAAAAGUCAAAAUUCGCGGCACAAUCGGCCGAUUUCGGGCGAUUUUCGAGGGAGAGACGUCAAAAUUCGAGAAAAAUCGGCCCAUUUCGCGGGAUUUUAGCGGAAAAAAGUCAAUUUUCGAAGGAUUUUCAGGGGCAAGUUCUUAGGAAAAUCGGCCGAUUUCACGGGAAAUUUCGGGGGGAAACUUCGCCAAGAAACAAUCAGUAAAAAACAGCCGAUUUCGCUGGGAUUUUUUUGGCAAAUUUGGCUAAAAUCGAUCAAUUUUGCGUCGAUAUGACCAGCGUCGGUGAACGUUUUUGUUGCAGGGAUAAUCAUUUGCUCUUUCAACAACAGUUCGCUCGAGAAAUGAGCGAAAUGUUAAAGCAAUUAACAUUAUGGUUAGUGCCCAGUUUUUCGCAACGUUCAUCUAAAAACGCCUGGUAGUUUUGGGACGUUGUUUACUCGUUGCAGUGACGAAGUUUCAAGCUAAAUUUGGACGUUUGGGGUGAAUAAAACCGGUCUGAUAGCCAAGAUAAGUAUUAAAUAUGUUUUGCCGAUAUGUAUUUGGAAAUAUUUCUGGCGGAUUUCGCGGUAUUUCGCGUUUUUUUGGGAAUUUCGCGGAAAUACCUGAAUUUCGCGGGUCCGCGACCGCGCGAAAUAUCAGAAGCCCUGUAAAUACUAAUUUGGUGUGUAGAUUUUACAUAAAGAAUACCACUAAAUACCACUAAAUACUCUUGGAGCUCUAAAAUGUUUUUUUUUCUCCGUUUAUGUAAGAACCUGUUUAGGCUGACUUAAAAAUAUGCAGGUUCUUACUUGCGGGUCUUACUGUAAUUCUGUUUACGUUUCACAACGCGAGAGCCACUUGCUUUUGCAUAUUAUGGUGAAUUUCAAAGGUUCGAUAAAGAGAUUGCCUGAAUAAACAAUUGCUUAAAAAGAAGGUAUCCGGGGAGUUUCGUGAUGCACCGAUUUUAACUUAGAAUUAGUUCACAAGAUUUAUUGAAGUUGGUACUGAAGAGCUCAAAGACCCACUAUGGACUCGAUCGAUCUGUGGCAUUUGGUUCGUCAACUCAAACUUCAAAGUUUGUACAGUUCGUAAUCUCCUGCCCGGCUUUUGCCUUCAUCAUCGGAGGGUGAUGUUUGAUCAAACAGCCAUGUGCUGAUAAAAGACGAUAAUUAGAAAAUAUUUGCUGUUCCUUAAAUAUGUUGCCUUUUUCAUCUCACGAAGUUUGCUGCCUAGAGAGAUUAAAGACCUUUAGAUUCUAAGACGAGGGACAACAAGAACUUUCUCAAUAAUAACACCUCGGUCACACUCGGGCUAGAAUCGUGCUUGCUUGUUUGGUCAAUUUUUGUUUAUCUAGCAAAUUCCUAGCUUAUUACAAAUGUGACCGACCAAACCUGGCAUUGCUUGUUUGCUUAGUAAAGAAGGCGGAGUUGCUUAAACUUCAAAAGAACCGCAGCUCAACUCAAGAGCACUGCAAAGUGCUCUUGAGCUGAGCUACAAUCCUGGUCAAAACGUUUGGGACACUUUGUGGUUCAGGUGAGGAAAAUGUAUUUCCCUCUCUGAACAGUGUUGGUUGUUACAAGUCAAACACUUUUUACAUAUUUUGCAUACGCUAAGGACCUCAACUUUGCUCAGGGGGGCUGGGGGAAAAAUCUGGAUGGAUGGAGGGAUGGGUGGGUGGGUGAGCGGGCGGGCAGACGGACGGACGGACGGACGGACAGACGGAACUAUCGACAUUAUUAAAAAAAAUAUAAAUAAAAAGUUGCUUUCCACGAAUGCCGUGCCCUAGAGUACUUGUUUAAGAAGACAUUCGUGUUUAUGAUUGUGUAUCGCAGGUUAGAAGUAAAUUCCAUAGAAAUACACGUGAAAAAGGGGAGGUGUCCCAAAACCUUUUGGCCGGGAUUGUAGAUAAACAAUUAACCAAUCAGGACAGGCAUUGUUUGACAGCUUCAUCUAACCUUUAUUUUGGCGCAUUAACAAGUGCAUGCAGACUGUUGAGUGUCGUGAGUUUUUUUUUCUCUUCAAAAUAUGUCAAGCUCGAGGACUCCGUCUCCGUUUGAGAGUUCAAUCUCAAGGACUUCGUCAAUUCCAUCUCCCAUUCCGUUUAGCGAGGUACCGAGACAGUUUACAAAAUUUUCCGGAACGAGUUAUCCACCACCUUUGGUGCCUCAUGUUGCGUUUUAAAGACCAUAUGCGAAUGGUUUUAUACCAAACCUUUCUGGUGAUUCAGCUGCAGCAAGUGUUCCAACCUGGUGUUUUGAAGGAACACCUGUCGCCGUCUUCUUCUUUGCUUGCGUGGGAGUAAAGUGCGAAAAAAGGUUCAAACAGAAGCAUUUAGAAUUUGUCCAUAUCGAAACGUGUGUUACAUAAAUAAGUAAGCUGCUGUUCUUUCAAUGUGACCAGUUCCCGCUUGCUCGAAUCUCUAGCACGUACUUAGGUUUGCUUGUCUGACGUCACAAGAGUGAUUUCAAGCGAAAGUGUGACCGCGAGGAAUUUGGUGCGCGCGCGUGAACCCGAGUCAUUUUGGCGGGAAAACGUGCUAGCCGUCAUCAUUCUACUAAGAGUUUUAGCGUGAAUGUCGUAGUGGCGGAAACAAGUUAUCAGAUGUUAGAAAAAUUAUUAUUUUUAUACGAUCGGAAGAUCGCUUAACUUCCUUCAAUACGCUCUUCUCACUUAUGGUAAUAUGCCCGUCUAACCUCGUUUUUGAGUAAAAAGUCCUUUGAAAUGCUAAUCAGACGACGUUUUCGUAUUUGAAUUUCAAAAGAAUUUUUACCCGUAAACGAGGUUAGACGGGCAUAUUACCAUAAGUGAGAAGAGCGUAUAAAGAAAACAGUUCUAACUUUUACGGGCGAAAAAAGUACAAUGAUGCUUUCCGGAGUGUCUAUUUUUUUGAGAAUAAUUUGAAAAAAACUCUCAGUCAAAUCUCGUCCUCAGAUCUGAAGGUCUCUAUGGAACUUAACCCUAGCUCCGCGGCUCUUACCACUUCUGUACUCUUCUAAUUUUUAGGUGCAUGAGUUGAAACUGAUAGAUGGAUUUACUGAAAAGAUGGUCUCCACAUUCCUUAAGGUACGAAAUGAAAUGUGCCAGUUUUUUCCGGGAUAUACAUGAACGCUGGGGCGUUCCUGGGCAUUUUCCAGCUUUAAUCCCGCUACCAAAAUGUUGCUGGAUACGCUUAUUAAUUUACAUCCGUACAAGGGGCGGAUUUUACAGGUUGUAAAGUAACUUUAGUUGGACCUUUAAGUUACAAUUACUUUACAUAAAUGUUGUAUUUCCCUACUUCUAUACAAUAUAAUGAACGCAAAGACAAAGCUGUGUUAGCGUGGCAUUCUAAAAUGUAAAGCCGAGGAAAGUUUUGUGUACAUUUGUUUAGAAUUCAAACGCCAAUCUGCGGGGUUUCCUGGCGCAGAACUCCCAGAUCACCUUGUCUGUGUCGAUACUCUUGUCCAUGUGCGCAUGUAGAACUAUGAGCGCGAGCCCAGAGAGCUUCUCUGCUCGCAUAGUAGAGCGCAAGUACGUCUUGACCCUUCAAAUACAACUAAAUGAUCGUUCCGAAGUUGCCUUCGACACUGGCAUCCGGUCAAAAUAAUUGUGAGAAUAAAAUUUACCAAAAAACCUUUUUAAUCCCGUGCUUGGCUUACAAUCAGGUACGCCCCUGCUUGAACGUAUUACACUUCACUUGUUCAGUCUUUUCAGUUUCGUUAAAUCUCUGCUCAAUGGAGCAGCAGCGAUGAAUCAAAGGUACUAAAUGCAGGACUGUCAAAAAGUUUUAAGUAGCAGGCUGAUAAUGAAUAGUAGGCGGCUUUGGAACUCGCACCAAAGACACAAGUUCUUGAGGGCCGAGACAUCUAGUGAUAUUUUUAAAUUUAGAGAUUCAGGAAGUGAAAUGGCGCAAACCUUUUGACAAGGGACAACAAUUUUGUUUUCAAGAAACUUCAUUUUUCUUUAAACCGCGGACGUCAGGUUGUUUCGUCAGAAUACAGCGUUUUUUGUCGUCCUCUUCUCUCUGCCGUCCUGUUGCAAGACUAAGAACGGAUGUCCUUCAGAAUACACGCAAAUGAGACGAGAAAUGUUCCAGGCGUUCCACGACAUCGCACGGUUCGAACGUUUCACAGAUCUAAACCUGCUCAAAAACGCGUUAAAUUUUUUUCGAAACUGGGAAACGAAUUCUUUGCAAUUUUGUUCGACGGUGCUUAAUUUUUGUUGGCAGUUAUAAAUGUAGCGGUAGAAGGAGAUGAAAGUAGCCGGCUAAGGAUGGCUGACUAGCAAGCGGUUUUGGCCGGCUACCGGCCCUUACUAACAACCCUGCGAGGUAUUGCAUUCAGCCCUCCACUUGUAUACUUUGGACUUUGGACAUUCAUUCCUGGGGUCAAUUUAAUAAACCUUUUACUCCUGUAAUUUACAAGUGUAACUAUUGUUCUCGAACUCUAAAACAAUGGCUUGUAAAUUACACUUGACAAAGUUUUAUUGAAUUGACCCCUGGAAGAGGAGUCCAAUACCGCAUCCCGUGCCAAGAUUUUGCCGAAUCCCGCGUCCCGAAUAGUGGUCAAAUCUCGUAUCCCGUCAACAAUUUUUGCGUUUUCCCGAAUCCCGCACUGUAUUUCGGCAGGGCUGUCAUUAAGAGGCAGGGGCCGGAGAUUUCCCCCGCCUACUUUUAUAGGAAAAUAGAAGAAAAAUAGAGCCAAAAGAAAUCCCUAGCUGUUUGAUUCCCCGCCUACUUGUUGUAUUUACCUGGCAACUUGAAAUAUUAAUGACCUCCCUGAAUUUUUGGCCGAAUCCCGGAUCCUGAAGAUAGCCCUCUGCCACCCAACAGAACAGAAAAUUAAUGAGAAAAUAACUCCAACCGUUUUUCUUGUUUUUACUUGCUUUGACAGAAUAACUUGUUGAGCCGAAUAACGUUCAGCUGAAUGAAGAUGGACUGAUAGGAAAUCCCGCACAGGACCAUGUGGCGUUAGCUUAGAACGUGAAGAACAAAAACAUUACCGUUACAAUCCGAAGCGAUACCGAACAUUUCACCGAUCAGUGAUCAACUCAAGCGAAAGAAUUUUUUCUGGCGG